AAUGGCGAUCGCAGACAGAGAGGACUGAGGAAAUGAGGUGAUUUCUCUGAAGCUGAGGCAUUUUUUAAGUAGAAAAAGAUACAGUAUUUGAAAUGAUGUGCUCAAAUGGAGACGUCUCAGAGAGCUGGCAUAUUCUGCUCUGGCUUCUGCUCUUUGCAAGGUUGCAAACAGGAAGCAGCCAGCUCCACUACUCGGUCCUGGAGGAAGCCAAACACGGUACUUUCGUGGGACGCAUCGCGCGGGAUCUGGGGCUGGAGCUGGAGGACCUGGUGCCCCGCCUGUUUCAAUUGGAUUCCAAAAGCAUCGGGGACCUUCUGGAGGUAAAUCUGCAGAACGGCAUUUUGUUUGUGAAUUCCCGGAUCGACCGGGAGGAGCUGUGCGGGCGGAGCGCGGAGUGUAGCAUCCACCUGGAGGUGAUCGUGGACCGGCCGCUGCAGGUUUUCCACGUGGAGGUGAAGGUGAAGGACAUUAAUGAUAAUCCACCGAUUUUCAGACACAGAGAACAAAGACUAUUUAUUCCUGAAUCUAGACUGCUGGAUUCACAUUUUCCGAUAGAGGGCGCUUCUGAUGCAGACGUUGGUACCAACGCUCUUCUAACAUACACCCUCAGCCCCAGUGAUUAUUUCUCUUUGGAUGUACAGGCAAGUGAUGAAUUCAGUAAAUCUCUUUCACUUGAACUGAAGAAAUCUUUGGAUAGAGAAGAAACACCAGAACUUCAUUUAUUAUUGACAGCUACUGACGGGGGCAAACCAGAACUGGAAGGUACAGUUCAGCUGCUGAUCACGGUGCUAGAUGUUAAUGAUAACGCCCCACUGUUUGAUCAGGCAGUGUAUAGAAUUAACUUAUUAGAGACUACCGAAAACGGAACAUUAGUGGCCACAUUAAAUGCUUCUGAUGCUGACGAAGGUGUAAAUGGCGAAGUUGUCUUUUCCUUUGGUAGUGAUGUUUCUCUUAACAUUCAACAAAAAUUCAAAAUUGCUCUGGCUGGUCACUGUACAGUUCUUGUCAAAGUUGUGGACACCAAUGACAAUGCUCCACAGUUGACUGUCAAAACGCACGGGCUUUCUGUCAAAGAGGACGCAAAACUUGGGACAAUUAUCGCUCUUAUCAGCGUGAUUGAUCUAGAUGAAGGCGAAAAUGGACAAGUGACCUGUUCCCUGCAGCCUAAUGUCCCCUUUAAACUGGUAUCUACCUUUAAAAAUUACUAUUCUCUAGUGCUGGACAGCGCCCUGGACAGAGAGAGCAUUUCUGACUACACCGUGGUGGUGACAGCGCGGGACGGGGGCUCGCCUUCGCUCUGGGCCCCCGCCAGCGUGUCGGUGGAGGGGGCUGACGCGAAGGGCCACGCGCCCGCCCCGCCCACGGUGCUGGUGUCUCUGGUGGACAGCGGCCAGGCGCCUAAGGCCUCUUCGCGGGCGAUGGUGGGCGCUGCUGGCCCCGAGUCGACCCUGGUGGACGUGAACGUGUACCUGAUCAUCGCCAUCUGCGCGGUGUCCAGCCUGCUGGUGCUCACGCUGCUGCUGUACACGGCGCUGCGGUGCUCGGCGCCGCCCCCAGAGGGCGCUUGCGGGCCUGGGAAGCCGACGCUGGGGGGCUCCAGCGCGGUGGGGAGCUGGUCGCACUCUCAGCAGAGGAGGAGUCAGAGGGUGUGCUCUGGGGAGGGCCUUCCCAAGACCGACCUCAUGGCCUUCAGCCCGGGUCUUCCGCCUUGUCCUGGAUUUGCAGAAGGUAGCAGAGAACCACCUACUUCUUUGGAUUCCUCUGGGAAGAUAGUAGCUCAUACUGACAUUGCUAUCAUGGAUAAAAGGCUACCUCAUUACAUGUAA